AUGGCCGCCAAUGACAAGGACUUGGCAUCGUCGUCCUUGAUGCCAGCCCCUGACGAUGACUACAUCGAUUCGGACCUCUUCAUGGUGGAGGCGGAGGAGGAAUAUGAGAUGGAGAAAGCGAUUACCAAUGACGAGAAGAUCGCUCGCGCCGUCCAUGAGGAAGAACUCAUUAGCCAAGCUAAGGGAACGACGGAGGCCAUCGCACACCUCUUGGCGGAGGAGGUGGAGAUGGGCAGUGACUCCGACACCAAUGAUGGCGAGGAGGGGGAGGAUGAGGAGAUGGGUGGCGACUCUGACACCAAUGACGAUGAUGAAGAGGAGGAUGAGGAUAUGGGCGGGAUUCAGCUUCUGGAUGGCAACAUCGAGGAUUCUGCACUCUCUAAUAUUCGAGCACGGAUCGCCUCGUUCUUAAUGACCGAAGUCGUCUCUUCGAAAGGAGAAGAUGGCUGCUAA